CUCCUCCUCCAAACCAUCAUUCUAACAACUAUACAUUCUUCCUCCCCUUCCACUCUUACUCUGAAUAACUUAGUCACUGCAUGCUCAGGCUUCCCGUUGCCUGUGGGGAUUUUGGGGAAUUUGUGAUGACAGCACCUCUCCCUCUGUGGAGGAGUUGCCUUGAAUAUCCAAGGAGAAGAGGCGAAAGAGACGCUCGCAAAGGCUGAUCGCGUCCACUCUUAGAUUUAAUGGGACCUUAGACACUUUGCACGCUCCUCAUCAUGACCAUGAUAGCGAUUUGGAAUUCUCAGCACAUUCUGAAGAACUCUAAGGAUGGUUGACAAAGUGCUAAUUAGCACAGAGGAACCAGUUCAGUCCAAAUGGUGGAACAUGAUGAACGUGGCAGUUUCUGGCAUCAUACAAAAACUCUUCUGGAUAUUCCUUAUGGCUAGUUCCAAGCUGUAAAUUGAAACAUGGAUGAUCAACCCAUGAUGACUUUAGAAGGACAGAAGUCAUCAGCUUUGCAAGAGACCCCAAAAAUGACUUUCUCAGUAGAGCUUUCAAUGGCAGACUCAACCAUGGAUAGAAACCUGACCUUAAAAGAUACUUCUGAUUCACUAUCGUCUGUUAUAGGUGAGCCUUUGGAAGACCAAACACAACUUGAGCUGAAGAAUAAAAGUUCAUCAGAGAAGAUCAAUCAAAUUGUACCACUGCUUGUCAACAAAGAUGGACCUUGUCUUCAAAUCUUGAAUCUUCUCACAAAAGAAAAGACAAAGAAAUACAUUGAACGUCAAAGCACUUCAGCUCCAAUAUCAACCCCAAAAUCUGAACUAAAUUGCAUCUUUUGUGAACCUGACGUCCAAAUGGAUGCUGAGACUGGGUUCAGCUAUUUUUUGACUCGCUCAGAUAGUUCAGUGACCAACAGCUGUGAUGUAGACUCCUCAAACACCUCGUCUACUACUUAUCCUUUUUCUAAUUUGACGGUCAGACCCAUAUCAGAACCCGCUUACUCUUUUGCAUCCUCUCCAGUGGGACCAUCUCACAUUGAGCACCCUUACUCGACUCCUUUGCCAGUCUCCAAGGGGGCUGAUCUACCCCGAAUCAUCAAACACAAGCCCAGCUCCAUUACCUUUGCAGAUUAUGACAGUUUUUUGGGUCUGAUCAAGAAUGUCCAAGCCAAUGAAGGUUCAGAUGCUUGUGAGACCUCUUCUGAAGAUGAAGGCCGUGAUGUGGUCUUCCAUGAUGAUAGCGAUGACGUGUUUCCCAAGUGCAAAGAGUUUUUCCAAAGCUCCACACAAAACGGGGGUGGAUUGGAGAAACAAAGGAGGAAAGGAACCUGUAGACAAGCACAUGUAGAAAGAAGUUCCAGCACCAAUCUGCCACCCACCAGAAGCAACAGCUAUGAGGCAGAGGAGGAGAGCAGCAGUACAGAGGAGUCUCCUCAGGUCCUGUCUCCCUGGUCUGAAUCUAUGACCCAGCUAAUGAAGAGAUUAGAUCAGCUCAAUCUGUACAUAGAGGAAGCUCUCAGCGCUGGCUCUUCCCCCUCCCACACACCCAACACCACCCGGAGACACACCACUAAUGACAGAGCAUCCCUGCAGAGUGGAGCUGUAGGGGUGAACCAGUCCCUCAACUUGAACAACAUGGCUAGAAGAAACGACACGAGGGAACGGCAUGGCCAAGAGAGACAUGCGGGAGCCACUUCCUCUCAGGGGAGAUCACAUGGUAAAAAGACAGAGAUGUCCAUCAAGAAGAGGCAUGGAGGCGCAGCUUUCUCCACUCGCUCAGUUCACAGGCAUUCCUCUGGUAUUUAUAUUUCCCUCCUGAACCGAGCAGCGCUCGCAACCUUGAAUUCAGCUCAGCCACGAGGCCUGCCCUCUUCAUCCUGGUUUCUCAUUGGCUCACCUCUAGUCAUGUGACUCAAAAAGGGGGCAGGGCUGACAGCUGGUACUCCUCUGGAACUGGAACU